AUGAAUGCUGGCCCAUCUUGGAACAAAGUACAACGUUCAAAACACCCUUCAGGCAAAAGGCGGAGUCAGUUCCAAGUGCCUCACGUGUCCUCCCAGCCUCCUGCGGAUGGACUCCAGGAAAGCGGUUCCCCAGAAGGAAAACCUGAAAGGAGCCCACUGGGCCCCCGGCGGCGGGGCGCCUCGGGGAAUGAGCUGUUUCUGGACCUUCCCUGCGUGAAAAUCCUGAAGGAGGGUGCGGGCGAGGACGACGACAGCGCCAGCGACCUGUCGGACUCCGAGCGAGUACCUGUGCCGCCGUCCUCGCGCGCGCCCCCGGAGCUGCACCUGCGCGCGGAGGAGGUUGACGCCGCGGACCCCGGUCCGGACCCCGGUCCGGACCCCGACGCGGCCCCGCAGGGCAGUGCGCAGCCCGCCUACCACUAUGCGGACUUCCUGCCCGCCCCGUUCAGCUCCUGGGACCUCCGCGACCUGGCUGUGCCGCCCGGCGCUGAGCCCAAGCCCGCAGCUCGGAGCGGCGCCGCAGGGCUGCUGGCCAGGUACAUCGACAGGCUGGUCCAGCUCGAGUGGCUACAGAUGCAGACCGUCCAGGGCGAGAAGGGGAAGGGCGCCAAAGCCAGGCCUCCCACCGCCCCCGGCUUGUCCACGUCCCGGGCUCUGAAAAGCCCCGGCAGAAGCAAACUAGGGGCCAGUGCUCCGGCCAGGCCUCCCCAGGAGGGGGCUUGCAAAUUGGGCGCUUCCGGCGCUUCCCGGAGGAAGGAGCUGCCCCGCGAGGAAGCCAGGCCCUCCUAUUACGCGUUUGACACGACCCCCAAAGCCCUCCACGUGCGAUGGGGCAGCAGGCCGAGUUCUCGGAAGCCAGCCCUCGACAUGACGGCCGAGGAGCAGAGAAAGAAAGAGAGUAAGAGCCCCAGACUCCAGCGCUGGGACCUGCCCUGCAGUGAUGGCGGUGGCCCUGGAGCUCCCAGGCAGGGGGUGACCGCUCGGGACUCCGCCGACCCCGGUGGGCCACCCAGGCUGCAGGCACAAGCGGGCCUGCAGAAGAAGGGCGGUGCAAGCAAGUGCGUGCACGCCACCACAUCCAGCGAGAAGAAACCCAAAGCCAAUGGAGUAAAGCAAAGCACAUACAAAUUCAAGUAA